CGAUCGAUAGAUCGAUAAUUUUGUUAAAUCAUCGACGACGAAAUGUACAAUUUUACAUGACAGUUGUAUCGACAGUGAAAAUUUAUAAGUUUUGCUAAAAUAACAGCUUACCACUCGUCGUUGAGCAUUGUCCGAUAUAGCUUUCAUCGAAAACGUAAUAGUCAAAUUACAACAGACGUACAGAUAGAAGUAAAAUUGUUUUGACUUGAAUAAAUGCAAGACGCGUUUUUCGUAAUCAUCAAAGAUGGAAAAAGAAGAAGGUAGAGUCGAGGAACAGGAAUUUUAUACAGACGCUGCAAAAUAUUGGGAAUGUGUUCCACCUACAAUAGAUGGGAUGCUUGGUGGUUUUGGAUUCAUUUCUCAAAUUGACAUAAAAGGUUCUACACAAUUCUUGAGAAGUUUAUUCGAAUUAAAAAAUCCACCAUCGAGAACGUUCGCAUUAGAUUGCGGAGCAGGCAUAGGAAGGAUAACUAAGAAUUUAUUGUUAAAUCAUUUCAAACAUGUUGAUUUAGUGGAGCAGAAUUUAAAGUUUUUAGAAGUAGCUAGAACAUGUUUGAAAAGUUAUUCGACAAGAAUUUGCAACUAUUAUCCCAUUGGACUACAAAAUUUUUGCUUCGCUACCAAGAAGUACGACGUCAUUUGGUGCCAAUGGGUUUUGGGUCAUUUAAAGCAUGAUGAUUUGAUAGAAUUUCUAAAAAAAUGCUCGACUGGCUUGAAAUCUAAUGGUGUAAUAGUAAUUAAGGAGAAUGUAACAAGUUCUGAGAAUCUGGAGAUCGACACACAGGAUUCAUCAGUAACGCGACCUCUUUCUGAAUUUUAUCGUAUAUUUCAGGAAUCCAAUUUGAGUUGCAUAAAGGAGCAGCAACAGCAUAAAUUUCCACGUGGGUUGUAUCCGGUUUAUAUGUUUGCAUUAAGAUCCACUGAUGACAAACUUUGAAGACCAUCGUAGAGAUUAAUACGAAAUUGAGUAAAUUAUUUCCGCGUAUUUAACGCUAGUAAAUAAAUUUAACGUUUGUUUUAUACAAAAA